GCGCAGAAUCCCGUGCGAUCCAGGCCGGGUUUUGCGGAGGAGCCGUCCGGCUGCUCAGGCAGAUUCCUCGUCUGUCUCCCUCCACUCGGCAUCAGUCGGCGGCGGGAGAUCAUGGUGCCGGACGAAUUGUGGCCGGCGCUGUCUGGAGCCUCCGGGGCUGCCCUGGUCUGCUGUUUCGUGGCUGCGGCCGUGGCCCUGCGCUGGUCCGGGCGCCGGUCGGCGCGGGGCGCCGCGGCCCGGGCGCGGCAGAGGCAGCGAGCGGGCCUGGAGAACAUGGACAAGGCGGCGCAGCGCUUCCGGCUCCAGAACCCUGACCUGGACUCAGAGGCGCUGCUGGCCCUGCCUUUGCCUCAACUGGUGCAGAAGUUACAGAGUGGAGAGCUGUCCCCUGAAGCUGCGCUCUUCACCUAUGUGGGAAAGGCCUGGGAAGUGAACAAAGGGAUCAAUUGUGUGACUUCCUAUCUGGCUGACUGUGAGACUCAGCUGUCCCAGGCUCCACGGCAUGGCCUGCUCUAUGGUGUCCCCCUGAGCCUCAAGGAGUGCUUCAGCUACAAGGGCCAUGACUCUACACUGGGCUUGAGCUUGAAUGAGGGAGUGCCAGCGGAGUGUGACAGCGUGGUGGUGCAGGUGCUGAAGCUGCAGGGUGCUGUGCCCUUUGUGCACACCAACAUCCCCCAGUCCAUGUUCAGCUAUGACUGCAGUAACCCCCUCUUUGGCCAGACCCUGAACCCAUGGAAAUCCUCCAAGAGCCCAGGUGGCUCCUCAGGGGGUGAGGGGGCCCUCAUUGGGUCUGGAGGCUCUCCCCUGGGCUUAGGCACUGACAUCGGGGGAAGCAUCCGUUUCCCUUCUGCCUUCUGUGGAAUCUGUGGCCUCAAGCCUACUGGGAACCGCCUCAGCAAGAGUGGUCUGAAGGGCUGUGUCUAUGGACAGGUGGCAGUGCAACUCUCAGUGGGCCCCAUGGCACGGGAUGUGGAGAGCCUGGCGCUAUGCCUGAGAGCCCUGCUAUGUGAAGACAUGUUCCGCUUGGACCCCACUGUACCCCCAGUGCCCUUCAGGGAGGAGGUCUACACAAGCUCCCGGCCCCUGCGUGUGGGUUACUAUGAGACCGACAACUACACCAUGCCCAGCCCAGCCAUGAAGCGGGCCCUACUGGAGACUAAGCAGAGCCUUGAAGCUGCUGGCCACACGCUGGUUCCCUUCUUGCCAAGCAACAUCCCCUAUGCUCUGGAGACCCUGUCAUCAGGUGGGCUGUUCAGUGAUGGUGGCCACAGCUUCCUCCAAAACUUCAAAGGUGAUUUUGUGGACCCCUGCUUGGGGGACCUGAUCUUAGUUCUGAAGCUGCCCAGCUGGCUUAGAGGACUGCUGGCCUUCCUGCUGAAGCCUCUGUUCCCACGGAUGGCAUCCUUUCUCAGCAGCAUGAGGCCUCGGUCGGCUGGAAAGCUCUGGGAACUGCAGCAUAAGAUUGAGGUGUACCGCAAUUCUGUGAUUGCUCAAUGGAAAGCACUGGACCUGGAUGUUCUGCUAACCCCCAUGCUGGGUCCUGCUCUGAACUUGAAUGCCGCAGGCAGGGCCACAGGGGCCAUCAGCUACACCGUGCUCUACAACUGCCUGGACUUUCCUGCGGGGGUGGUGCCUGUCACCACAGUGACUGCUGAGGACGAGGCCCAGAUGGAACAUUACAAGGGCCACUUUGGGGAUAUCUGGGACAAGAUGCUGAAGAAGGCCAUGAAGAAUAGUGUGGGGUUGCCUGUGGCUGUGCAGUGCGUGGCUCUGCCCUGGCAGGAAGAGAUGUGUCUGCGAUUCAUGCGGGAGGUGGAGCAGCUGAUGACCCCUGAAAAGCGACCGUCCUGAGACUGCCUUUCUACCCAGCUCCAGAAGAUCUGAGACCCAUGUGCUCUGUGGCCUGGUCUAGUCAGAGCACACUGUCACCUGUGAGAAAAUGUUAAGCAUGGGGCAGGAUCUUCCAAUGUCCCCUCCCCUGGCCCCCUGCAGAAGUGCAGACCUCACUCCCCUCUGGUCCCCUCUCCAAUAUGAUUCCCCACCCCAUGUGGCAGCCAGCAGGUGUGACAUGGCCCAAGGUACCAACAGGCAAAAUAUACCUCCUCCUUUGUGCACUUUCUGGGCAUCACCCUUAGGGUGCUGGGUGCCGGAGCCAAUUAAGAGUAGGAUUGGCUUGACCUUCGGGAGCCAUGUCACUCUCCUGAUUCAAAAUCUCCCUUGGCAUCCGUCACCCACAGAGCAGGUGCAGCUCGUAUCCUGGCCCUCCACCCAGGCCCCUCUUGUCUUGGACUCAGCCUAGCUUUGCUGGAUACAGCCCUUAGUCUUCCUUCCUUCUUUCCUCUCUGUGACAUGCCUUUUCUGUUCUUCCACCACUCAGUCCUUUGAGGCCCCACUUGGAUUCCUCUUUCUCCAGGAGGCCUUCUGUCUUUCUUCUGGGCCCUGGAGGGUGUGAGCUGUUUCUUCCUGGUCUGCCCUUUUGGGGUGGGUGGCUUCUGUGGUGGGUCUGCCUUCGUGAGCACAUGGCUCUCCUUGACAGCAGGGACCUCACUACUACAUCUUUGUCCUCUGUGACCAGCACAAAGCAGCAGGAGAAUCACCUAAUUGGGCUGCAGGGAAUUGAGUGGAAGCAGAGCGCCCUGACUGGUACAUUGGGUAGAGGAGCCCACUGGCAGGAUUGGCCACCAGGAGACAAGGCAGUCUGGUAGAGAGCCCUUGCAGGGCCUGCCAAGGCCUGGAUUGCUCUAGAAAGGCUUCUUGGAUGAGGAUCUAUGCUGAGUUUAGAAAGUUCCUAGAGGCUGAGGUAGUUGAAGAGGACCUCCCACGGAGAAGGGACAGUAUAUCCAGAGACUAGAUGAGCUUGAUAACAGGUUUGUCGAAUAGGCACAAAGGAAGCAGAGAUGCAGCUGCGUGAGGCCGGACCAAUGUGAACUUGGGUGGCCAGGUCAGGAACUUGAAUUCUUUCUCAAGAGUGAUGGGGACACUCAAGGGGUCAUAUAGGUUUGGGAGGAGAGUAGUUUGGAGUGGCAAGGCCUGAGCAGCUGCCCAGGAUUGAGAGGCUAUCUGAGAAGUGACAGUGGGCUGAAGGUGAGCUCUGCAGCUGUCUCUGCCCUGUCCUGUCUGCCAGCUGGCCUCUUGCUGGACUGCACUGCAGGUGGGAUAUGAGGUGGGGGUGGCUAGUCUGUGACACCACCCUCCUCAGCAGAAUGCCCUGAUUUAGGCCACAGCCUUAUUCUCCUGUAGCUGAAGUUUUGGGGCCUGAGCCCUCAGGGAAAGAUAGUCCCCUCCCCUCCCCCUGCCAGCCUAUUUCACACUGUUUUUGGAGCAUUAGGUAAUUUCUCUUGCCCUUCCCAAAACUUCCUUCUCUAUCCUGAUUUUUCUACCCCUCUGGAAACCUGCCAGGUGGCAGGCCCUGUGGUACCUGCACUGCCCACCAAUGCUGUCCUUGCCUGGGAGGGGCCACUUUUGGCAGAUAUGUGACCCCACACCUUGGAGCUGACUCAAUGGCCCAACCUAUUUUGCCCUGAUUCCUUGUAACCGCUGCUGUAGUUUUGUCUGUCAUUCCAUAGAGCCACCUGCCAUCUGCCCCAGCUUCCUCCUCCUGCCCAUUUCCCUUUCAGUUGCUGAUGUCAUCGUGCUUUCAGACACAAGGCUGCAGAUUGGUGGCACUGCUCCUUCAUCUUCCUUCACUGGCUCAUUGAUUCAGCCCUUGGAGGCUCAGCAUGGCCACAUCCAACCUGCAGCUGAACAGAGCUAGAGACCAACCUGAACCAAGCCUGGCCCAUCCUUUAGAGGCUCCUGGGGCAGAUGGACAUGACCAACAUGCCUGCUCCCCUGGCCAUCAGAGCUGGCAGGAAGGAUAGAAAAGGGCAGGGCCUCCAUGCCGCCAAGGGAAGGGGGACAUGGUCACAGAGCACAUGAGUAUCCCCUGUGUAACUUUUUUACCACUGUGCUCUUGUGUAAGCUUCUCAUCUGAGCACUGCGAUAACUUGCUACCCCGCAGGGCUCCCUGCUUGCAUCCUCCCCUCCCAAUGUAUCACAGGGUAGCCAGAGUGAUCCUUCAGAAGUGUACAUCAGAUGGGAAUCUCUUGCUAAAGUCCUUCCAAUGGUUUCCCAGCUGGCCUAGAAUAAAAUCCAGUCUCUCCUUGUGUCUUACAGAGCAUGUGGCUUUGUAAGAGGUGCUCUCGUCCACCUCUCUAGUCUUGGAGGUCUCUUUCUCUCGUCACUUGUGCUCUGGCCACACAAGCUUUCAGUUUCUUGAUCAUCUCAAGCUGGUCCCUGCCUCAGAGCUUUUGUGUUAGCUGUUCCCUCUGCCUGGAAUAUUCAGUCACCUUCUCUGAUCACUAGCUUGUAAAAUGACCUACCUGGUCACUUUCUAACAUGUCAUCCUUUGUACUUUUUUAGUGUAUUGUCACUAUCUGAAAUCACUUAUGGGCUUUUGUCUCCUCCACUAAAACAACUAUACUUUUUCUUGUUCAUGAUUAUAUUCUUAGAACAAAGAGUGCUGAGAAGGUGCUCAAUUAAUUCUGUGAAAUUAAGUGAGCAUCUGCUGUGGGGGCCAGGUACUGUAUUAGUGAUGGGACUGCAGUGAUGUAUAAGAUAGACUUGGCUCACCUAGGGCCUUGAGCAUGCAAGGCAAGCACUCUACCAACUGAGCUGUAUCCCCAGCCUGGCUUCUGUCCAUUUGGAGCUUACACUCUGGAGGAUAUUUCUGGAAGGCAGGAAGGCAGGCAGGUAUGGUAAUAAAGAUCCAUGAAUAUUUAAUACAUGGAGUUAUAAGGUGAAUUUUGAUUAGGAGAAAAGGAGGACAAGCAUUCUGAACCACAUUUACCAAGUACCUACUCUGAGCCAGGCACCUACCUCCAGUCACUUAGAGUCAUGUCAUUUAAUUCUCCUGUUAACCCUUUUAAAGGCAUUUUUGCCCCAUUUUAAAGAAGGAUUAUGAACCUUGCCCAAGGUCCCAUUUUUCUAGCUAGAAAUGGGGGAUUUGAAUUAAAACCUGAGUAAGCCUCUGUCAGGGCCUACAUAGGCCCUUUCUGAUAUCCCAUGAUGCUGAAGCACAUUGAGCACAUAGCCAGAGGAGAGAGAGCAGAAGUGCCUCCUUCCUGCCUGCCAGUCUGCUGGCCUCAAGCCCCAAGUCCAAGGCUGCUGCCUUUCCCCACUCACCAUGUCCACGGCCACAGCACCUUGCCUGACCAUCCUGCCUCCAGGCUGAUAUCUCUGUCCUUCGCAUGGCAGUAAGGGGACAUUCCUCAAUGCACAUCUGAUUGCCCUUAGGGUCUUUAGUAUCACUUGUGCCAAGUGUGUAGACUCCUUGCUGUGACCCACAAGGCUGUACUCUACCUGAUCUGCCUCUGGCAUAGUAAUGGCCUCAGCUCCUUGGCUUCCCAAGUGCUACAUCCUGGUCACUCAGCCUGAGGGCAGCUCUGAGCACCAUGUGUAUCUCCCAACUCUAUGCCCCAAGCUCACCUGCCUGGAAUGUUCUCUGCUCCCCACUUCAAGACCACUUCCUUAUUCAGGGUCAGAUGAUUGUCCCUCACAACUCCACCAGCUGGUGUUGAAAGUGCUACCUUGUAACCUGGGCACAGUGGUGCAUACCUGUAAUUCCAGCUACUCAGGAGCCUGAGGCAGGAGGUCUGCAAAUUGGAGGCCGCCUGGACUGUUUAGUGAGACUCUGUCUCGAAUAUAAAAAAAGACUGAAUGUAGCUCAGUGGUAGAGCCUCUGGGUUCAAUCACCAGGGCCCUUCCCCUCCCACAAAGUGUGCUUCCUACAUGACUUAAAGCAGGGACUGUGUCUUAAUGAUAGAAUCCAACAUCUGUUAGACUGUGGAGUUGAUAGCCCAUCAUCAUUUGAAAAUUGGGCAUUAUUAUUUCCAUUUUGUACAUGGGGAAACUGAAGUUCAGAUAGGGUGGCUGAUUUGUCUAAGGCAAAUCAGUAAGGGGUACAGAAAGACUUGAAAACCACAUGGUUCACUCCAAAUUUUGUGUACUUUGCUCAUUAGUUCAGUUACAAGAACAGGCAUUAAGCAUGCUCUGGGUACUUGUCUGUGUGCUGGGUGACACAACCACUUGGAAGACAGAAGUAACACCCAUGUACUUGUGUUCCUCUACUGAUGCUGUAUCCUUUAGAGACAGACAUAAUCAAGCCAUGAGUUUCCCAACCAGGUCUAUCUUCCCUUCACAUUUCUCUAGCUGGCUGACUUGGCUAGAUCUUCCUCAAUUUCCCACACUUGGGUUUAGAAUGGUGACCCUGGACAUUUUAGGCUGGUGAGGUCACUUGGGGUCCAGACUGUAAUAAAGUUAGCCUUUGUGUGCCCAGCACCCAGCACCCAGCACUGUACCUAGUACUCAGUGGAUACCCAGUGAAGGCUUGUUAUUGAUGAACCCAUUUUGGCUACUCAAAACUACUUCCUCUUCUCAUCCUCAAUAGGGAAUUUUCCAUCAGUCCCUGAUCCUUGACUUUUAUUGCAUUUAUUUGUUUUCAGAAUUUUGGUUAGUGUCCCUAGAGACAAAUAAUUCCCCUCUAUACCCAGCGUAGGUCUUUCUCCUGGUCCACAGAUCCUCAUUCACCCACUUCCCCUAUCCCCCCAAUCCCUCCUCUCCCUCAUCCAUCCAAUGAUGGAUUCCUCCCACAGUGCAUCAGAGUAAGCAAUAAGAAAUAGGCCCUGCCUGAAUGGAGCUUUUGUUCUACUAGCAAGCAGAAAUCAAAUGUGUAAUCACACAAAAUAUUUGUUACAAGUGCAAUAAAGGGCUGGGUUUGUGGCUCAGUGGUAAAGCACUUGCCUAGCAUGUGUGAGGCACUGGUUUUGAU